AUGGGCCGGCAGGUAAAGGAGGGGCACAAGGAGAGUCUGAGUGCAGCGCAGCGCUUGAAGGUGCUCAGGUCGUGGCCUGUGCGGCACUGGCCAGCCCUUCUGCUGUGCCUGUUGCUCCUGCUCCUGCUGGGCACUGGCAUGCUCAACCUCGUCCGGUCACCAAAGGGCAAAAGCUCAUUUACAUUCUCGCCGGUCAUCCUAUCCGGCAGGGGCCCGUUUAAGGCGCAAUUGGUGCCGCGGCCGAUGCGGGAGGAGGCAUCGAGGUGGCUGAAGGACCGGGGGAUGUCGCUGCGGCCGCGGGGGGCGCCGCUGGGGGUCUGCAUCAUGACGGCCGACUUCUGGGGCCUGAAGACCGCUGGGGGGACCGCCACCGCCUACCACCUCCUUGCGCAGGCUCUGUCGGCGUUGCCGGGGCUCCAGGUGACGUUUCUGGCGGUCACGAGGCACCUGCAGGUGUGCCAGGAGGGGAUGAGGGCGCAGAUAGACUCCCAGUUGCGCGUGGACUACCGCUGCCUGGAUCCUCAGCACCUGUCACCUCCGGAGAUAGUGGAGACGCAUCCCUAUGAGGCGCUGAGCCACGGAGUGCUGGCGUGGCUGGAAAAGAACUUGGACCGCUGCGAUCUUGUGCAUGUGCAUGAGUGGGGCGGCGUGUUUGUGGACGUCAUCACUGCUGCCGCUUACAGGCAGCUCAAGCCGGGGCUGCGGGUGGUUGUGGAGACGCACGGGGGCCACUUCUGGAGCACGCAGGGGUCGGUGCAGCGCCCGCUGGACAUCACCAGCCUGCGCAUCGACCAGGCUGAGCGCAUGAGCCUGCAGCUGGCCGACGCGCUCAUCUCACCCACCGCCUACAUGACCGCCUUCCUCAAGCAGCGCGCCUGGCGCCUGCCCAAGACCUCCUUAGUCAUCCCCAACGUCGUGCCCGCUGCAGAGGCCGACGCCAACGCCGCGCCGCAGGCACGCACCCUCCUUAGAUCUGAGCACUGUCUACGUCCAUUGCAGGGACCCGUGGAGAAGCCGGUGUGGCGGCUGGCGUUCUUCAGCCGGCUGGAGGAGCGCAAAGGGCUGAAGCUAUUCGUCACUGCAGUGGAGGCUCUGCAGGAGGCGGCGCUUCUGGCAGACGCGCGAUUUGAGGUCUUUUUCAUCGGCUCUGACGCGCGCAUCGACAUGCAGCCCAGCAGCCAGUGGCUGCGCGCAGUGACCGCCUCCUGGAAGGCGCCGGUGCACAUAAUGGCAAAUGUGCCGCGGUCGGAGGCGCUAAAGGUGCUGAAUCAGGAGGGGCUGCUCCUGGUGCUGUGCUCACUUGUGGACAACAUGCCCUACGUCCUUGCCGAAGCUGCGGUGAAGCAAAUACCGCUAGUGGUAUUCGAUGUGGGAGGCAUCUAUGAGAUGAUGGACUUUGUAUCAAACCCGGAUGCCGUCGUGCUGGAUCCCACCAUAAUUGGCUUGGCUGCAAAGCUCACAGAUACACUGAAGAGGGGCAAGAUCAGGACGGUGCAGCUGAGCAAGCACAUGAUGACUGGGCGGGACCAGUGGCUGAAGUGGCAUGAGCGCUACUCCAACAUCCUCUCCCCACAGCUGGAGCAGGAGGACCUGGCGGUGGUGGUGGCGGUGGAACGCGCGAACGGGCGCACAGUGCAGGUGGUCCGGCUGAAGGCGGCGCAGUCGUCGCUGGAGCUGCAGCAGGCGGUGUGCGGCGACGGGGACGCCCCAGCACGGCCGGCCGCCGAUGACGCCAAUCUUCCGCUGCUGCUGCUGCCGCCCGGAUACGCGCUUAUCGACGAGGAGCAGACUCCUGCGCUCCUCGCCGAGCUGCUGCUGGUCGGGGCGGCGAUGGACAAUGGGGUGGGGGCGUUGACAUUCGGGGUGGAACUGGCGGGUGGGCGGGUGACGUGGCCGUCGGGGCCGACGUGGCUGCUGUACAGCGGCGAUGACUCGCACUGCAUGGAGAGCGUGCCCGUGCUGCUGCGCAAGGGCACCUUCUGCUCCGCCUUUGCCGCGCAGGCGCGCGUGUUUCGCACCUACCACUCCUGGGUCCUCUCCCUGAUGCUCCGCCGGGCGGGGCUGCGCAUGCACACGUUCCCGCGGGCGUUGUUCCGCGCGAGCAAUCUGACGGCGGGCGGCGCCAGCUGUAACCCGGACAAGGCGCCCGCAGAGCGCCACAUCUCCUUCGGCUCCGCCUCCAACACCCUGGGAGACCCCGAAGAGGUGAUGAUGAAUCUGCACCUGGCGCCGUUCCCGCGGCCGGUGUCUUCGCUGGUGGCUGACUACCCUCUGGAGCAGGGGCACAAGGGCUGGCAGGUGGGGUACAGGGCGGCGAACUCGAGCGAGUUCCGGCCCCUGGUGUGGCGGCCGAGCCAGGAGAGGGACGCGAAGCGAACGGACGGCUCCUGGGGUUGCCCGGACGCGUCAAACCCCUACCCGACCAUGCUCCACUCGCUCAUCCACCCCUGCGCAUCCACCACGGGCCCCUCCUGCUGUGGCCUGCCCUACGCCGCCUUCAACCUGCGCUUCCAGUCCUUCGUCACCGCUCCCAAGGGCAUGCUGCUCAUGGCUUACGAGGUGUGGCCGAUUUGUGGGGACGGCCUGGAUCUGGAGAUUCGGCAGACACCCAGCGGAGGCGGCCAGUCCACGCAGCUGAUGUGGCGCGAAAUCACCCCCAACGCGAAGGACAAGCCGCAGCGCCAAAAGGUGGAGAUGAAGCUGGCGCUGCAUGCUGGGGACUUGGUGGACUUUAUAGUCCAUCCGCACGCCAACAUGGACUGCGAUGGCAUCUACAUCGUGGAUGUGCAGAUCUGGCAGGACUCCGGUGAUGCGCGCACGUGGGAGACGCGCCGCCGAAGGCUCCUGUCUGCAGAGGGUAGCAUGGGUGGAGGGUUUAAGCAAUUAGGCUACAGGUAUUUGAUCGCGCUUAUGCUCGCAUUGGAGGGAAGAGCUGGUGGACCACUGUUUCAGGCAGGGCUCGGCUACAGCGCAUGCUCAAACACCAUAGAGCAGGGGCUGGAGCGGAACACGGCAUGGAAUGCCAUCGUGGAAAUGCCAAAUGUGGAGAAUGCCCGCACACUCUUUCACCGAUACGAGCCGCAGCAGCAAAGCACAGAGACAGAGCCAACAGCCACCACUGAGGCGGCUCACAGGGGACACGGUCGCCCCCCGGCAGAGCUGUGCCCAUUUGGGCCCCCAUUGAGGGGGAGGACCUGGCUGAAGCACCAGGUGGCGGGGCACGACAUGCUGGCGUCCCUGGCCUGGAAUGAGGAAUACCUGGACAGCGCUGCUGCGUACUGCAGAGUGCCGCUGUCCAGCUCCCUGGAUGUGGCCAGCCAGGAUCGGCAGGACGGCAUCCAGUACCGCGUGGGCGUCCACCAUGUGGCUACGCCGCAGACAGAGUCGGAUGACAGCGGCGGCCCAUGGCGCUCUUCCCUACACUUCCAGGGAGCAGUAGCAGUGGAGGGUGAGGCGCUGGUGUGGAAGCCGGCAGUACAGCAGUCUCUGUGGGACUCCACGCGCCUGCCAGACCAGCUGGACACGCGGCGAGACCUCGACGACCCCUUGCCAAAACCCCCAGCCCCUCAACAGUCCUCGGCCUCCCCUGCCGAGCCAGAGGGCCAAUCUGACGACUCUCUGCCCACCGCUGCCCUUAAGGCGGCGGCCGGCGCCGCCGCCGACACCACGAACGCGGCUGAGCAGCCGGCAUCUAUGCCCGAGAAGGCAAGUAUGGGGCCGAGCGGCGGUGCAGGGGGCGCUGUGUCCAUCCCUUACGACUGGGCGGUGUCGAUCGGCCCGGACGGCGCUGCGAAUCUUGACGGUGGGGCCGGCAGCCUGACGAUUCCCGGGUCGGCUGCUGAGAAGCGGCCGGCGCCAGCGGGCGUGCAGGCGUCUGGAGCGAGCGGCGCAGGCCAGCCUCAGGCGCCUCCUGCAUCCAGCAAAGGCGGCAGCAGCGGCGGUAACGGGCAGCUGCGCGGUGGGCGGACGAGCAUGGAUGCCAAGAAUGCAGAGGUGCUGGCAGCCAUCAGGCAGGCCAAGGACAUGCUGGGGCAGGGGCCCAUGCUGGCUGGCGUCCAAGCCAGCUCCAUCAACUCAGGCUUGCAGAAGGCGUCAAAGCAGCUGAGCGGGGUGAGCAAGGGGAUUGGGGCGCUGACGAGUGACCUGGCGCAUGGCGGCCUGGUCAGGCGCUUGAACGGCAACGGCCCCUCGCGCGACAGCGCCCGCCGCACCCCCUACAGCCCCUGGCUUGCCCAGCCCUUCCUCAAGGUGAAUGCGGCAGUGGGGUGCCUGGCACGCAUGCCGCUGCCGCACGGGGGCCUGCGGCCCACCCAGGCCACUCCCAGCACCCCGUCCCGCCCCAGGAGCGGCCGCGGCAACGCCCAACGCCAGAAGAACGCCAUGCCUGCAAGCGGCGGCAGGGGUCGGCUGGGGCCGGUGUCGGCGGGGCGCGGCCGAGCAGAGCGGCUGCGCAGCUUCGGCCGCGAGACGUGGGCGCCGUACCUGGCCGACACGCUGCUGCGCGUGUUUGCGUCCGCCAGCGUCUCCGGCCAGCUCGGCCGCUUCACGCGCCCCUUCCUCGACUACACCGCCGGAUCGGUGCGGGUGGACUUGGGCCUGACCUCACCGCAGGCGCAGUGGCUCAGCCGCGGCGGCAGCAGCAUGAGCGCUCAGGGCUCUGAAGCCGGCAGCGCAGACCCGGCAGGCCUCGGCCUCCUGGACAGCCCCUUCAAGCACAGGGCGUUUGCGCUGGAGGGGAGGGGUAUUUGGCAUGCGCUGUCGGUGUCGGCGGCGCAGCAGGUGUACGGCCCCGUGCGCGCGCGAGCCGACCUGCGAUUCGCGCUCGAGUCGCCGCCGGCCGCGCCGUCUGAGGACCCCGGCCGCGCCACCCUGGAGGGCGCCUGGAAGGCCAUCUGCACGCUGCGUGCCACGAAGCUGGAGUCUGUGUUUGGGCUGGACUGCGUGGUGCCCGGCAGCCAGGGGGCAGCACGCAUCGCUGCCUGGUGGUCGCCCUUGCGCAGGGAAGCCAUGAUGGAACUGCGCCUGUUUUAG